AUGUCUCAAGUCAGUUGUCAAAAGUGCCCUCCUAUCUCCGUACUUCAGUGGAAUUCAGCGAAUAACCAUUGGCAUCAGCGCUGGGUCAAUAGCGACGAAUUUCAUAGCGAUGACAGUUGCCAGGCGAUAUACGCAGAAUCACAGAUAUGUAUAAUUGCCAAUGUGAUUCGCGCAUGUCUCUCGUGCCGAAAUUCGUUCACUAAGGCAUUCUCUAUUCCUCAGAUAUGGUGGUCGGACUACUGCCGAAACUCGAACGGAUACCUUGGGAGUGAUAUAAACAGACGUAAUGGGGUUGUCACGGGGUUCAGUACGUGGGCUUAUUUUGAGGUCAAACAUUUGGAUGCUAAGAUGAAUUAUCAAUGGCAUAAAAUGAAUAUAUUUAUACGAUGGUUAGCCCCUACAAAGCAGACAAUAGUUCUUGCUUUCGAUACGCGGUCUCCCAUCGUAGAUCGCAUACCCGAUUCGCUUCAAAAUCCAGACUCCAGCUGUCUCGGUGAUCCGUUCUGGGUUUAUGCCCGGCUGGCUAGCGACGUGGUAGACCUCCAAGACUCUGCCGUCUGGGCUAUUCGUAACCAGGUGAGGGCAAUAGAGACGGAGAGGAAGCCGGAAGGCAAGCCGCAACCGGACUACAGACAUCUUCACGAUGUCGCUCGACACGCUAUUCACGUAACAGAGUCUCUCAAUGUUGCUGCUGAAAGCAUAGGAGGUAUUCUGGUGCAGCAUGAUGAAUUCUUGAGACAGAACUUCCCAAACAAGAUGAUACAGACUGACGCCUCGGAAGCUGUUCACCGCCAGCUGCUUUUCUGCAGACAUAUGCUUAAUAACCUCCUCCACCGGUCCAUCUCUAAUCGCGAAAGGUUACAGAACGAGAUUCAACUUGCAUUUAAUACUGUUGCCCAGUACGAUGCGGGGAUUUCCGUCCAGAUUGGACGUGCUGCCCAGUUAGAUGGCGCAUCAAUGAGGAAGGUUGCUUUCGUCACCAUGAUGUUUUUGCCAGCUACUUUCCUCUCCGCUGUUUUCAGCAUGUCGUUCUUCGAUUUCCAAGCCGAAUCUGGCUCUUGGAACGUAUCGAGCAAGUUCUGGAUUUAUUGGGUGUUUGCAAUUCCGAUUACUAUUGCUACUAGUCUUUUGUGGUAUUUCUGGCAUAAAGUCUUCCCUCUCACGCCUGUGGGGUAG